UCAGCAUGACAUCAUUCACAACGCCAUAGAAGUUGAACAUUACUGAUUUUAUGGUGCCGCACCCAAAGCAGCAGCAUACAUAAAGAGCAGAAACCAGAGACUCAAAUUGAGAAAACUACAGGUACCAGCUGGAUGAUGAGUGCUGCUCAGAAUCAGUCGACACUGGAGGCCAAACUGGAGGCCCUGCAGUGCCACUUCACCUGGGAUAUGGACCCCAGCAGGUCCAAACUUUUCCGUCUGAGGGACAACCUGGAGGACAUCGGCACUGAGGAGGGCUACAGCUGGCUGGGUCACAUUUACAACCUGCAGGGGUUCAUCCACUACCAGCUGGGGUUCACCGAUGAUGCCCUGCGUUUCUUCAGCAGGGCUGCAGAGGCCUUCCGCCAGAUGAGAAACACCGUCUCAGAUGAGGGUCCCUGGUUAGUGGUGAACUACGGGAACCUGGCUUGGCUGCACCACCACCUGGGAGAACAAGCAGAGAGUCAGGCUUACCUGUCGAAGGUCGACGCCCUGAUGAAUGAAUACCCAUCUCCAUCCCAGGACGAGCUCCAUCCGGAGAUCUACGCGGAAAAAGCCUGGACCCUGAUGAAGUUCAGCGUAGAAAAACAGCUGCUGGCUGCAGAUUACUUCCAGAGAGCCAUCAGGAUGCAGCCAGACAUGGUGGAGUGGCACACCAGCCAUGUGUUAGCAUUAGUCAAUGCCUUUAAUCACAGCAACAAAGAGCUGGAGGCUGACGUCUUGGAGAAAAUGAAAAUCGCCAAGGAACACGAUCCAGAUAACUUGUACCUCGCCGCUCUUUACCUCGAGGCACGUGCUAAGAAAGGGAAAAACAUUGAAGAUGAAGCACGUGAGUUGGCCAGAAGGGUUUUAAGAAAGCCCAUCAGCAGCUACAGUGGUAUCAAUCCAUUAUUAAAGGUUUACAGAAUCUGUGUAUCUGCUGAUGAGGCUAUUGAUUUGGCAGAAGAGGUUCUGGAAAGACAUCCAGAUGAACGUUAUCUGAAGUGGUGUGCUGCAGUCUGCUACAAGAUGAAGAUCUUUUUACACAGGGACAGUCCCCUGGAGCGCAGCUUGGUCGACAGAGCAAUCAGUCUCUAUAGGGAAGUGAUUUCUCUAUACCCCCAUUCUUCACUUAAAAAAAAGAUAGAACUUGCAAACAUAUACGCAGAGACGAAUUGCCAAGUUAGAGCUGACCAGAUAUUCAAGGAACUGUUAGAAAGUGAUCUGGAUCCUGAAGGGGCACAGAUUCUUUACAACUGCUAUGCAAAAUAUGUACAUUUCAUUCGAAAGGAGAGCUACAAGUCAAUAGAAUAUCACAUGAGGGCAGCAGAGAUACCAUUAAAAACUCCCUAUAGUAGGAACAGCAUCAGAACUCUGGAGAGGAUUAAAGAAAGAAACAGAAACCGAAUGUGUAGAGAAAUAGAGCAGUUUCUGGCCAACCUGCAAAACUAAGAGCCUAUAAUGAAGAGGGAACAUUUAAAGUACUGUCCAACUGAGUGUUUGUAACAACAUCCGGUCUAAAUCCAGAAUAAUGUUGAUCAAAGCACAAUGCUAUUUAUUUUUUUAAAUAUAAUUUUAAAAAACACAACAUGUACAACACAUGACUCCCUCUAUCCUGAGACUCGCAAUUCAGGUAAGGAAAAACUCCUUACCCCAAAAAUCAUAUGGAUAAAAUCUUAAGGAAACCAAAAUUAACUUUAAAGUAAAACAUAUUUUCUCAAUCAGUAUUUUACUAUAAGCUCUGUUGGAAAAAGGUGAUGUCACAACAUUUUGUGGACCAAUCAGGAUUUAGCAAAAUUUGAAUUGAAACCUGAUGAGAUAUGUGUGGCUGUUUGCUUACAUUGCCAGUCGCUGUCACUAUACACGAUACAUUAUGUUUUUGACUGUUAAAGUGUUAAUGAAUAGUUAUUACAGUUAUUAAAAUUUGGAUUCAGGAUGUUUGUCUGAACUUUAACUUUGAUUGUUGAUAAUUAUCUAUUGUUAGAGAGGAAUACUUAAAGCAGCUACAAUAAAUAUUUGUAAUGGAUCACAUGAAUAGUUGUAUGUGAAAGGGGUAACUCAAAGUGAUGAACCAACAGAUAAUUGUUUUCAUUUUCUGUCCCGCAAUUUGACUGUUUUUGUUUAGUCUCACUGCUCUCAUAAUGACGUUAUCAGCAAAAGCAGGCAGAUGUUUUCAGAGAAACAGCUCUAAAAAGCCACUGUACACUAUCUGCUGAGCACCAAACAGCAGACAGACACAGUGAGAGACUACCUGACCAUUGUGGAGCAUUUAGCAGCUAAAGAGCCAGACAUUUCCCUCAGGGGUCGGUAGAGACCAAACACAGAGCUAAAAGAGUGAAUGUUGAACUUGCUGAACCAGGUGGCCAGAAACAAGGCUCCAAAUGAACGAUGUUUCUCUGUAUCUGUUGGAUGUGUAAAAAGGCAACUGUUUGCUAACAAGUUCACAAUAUAAUUAAGAUGAUAAGAGAACAAGAUGUGAAGUUUGGGAAAAGAGGGUAAAAAUCUGGGAACAUUAAAAUUAUUUACACUCUAGGUAUUUUAACUAGGUACCUAUUCUAAAGUCCUAUGACCUGUGCACGCUGUAAGCAUCCAAAACUGAGCAAACCUAAUGACAAAACCAUAGGCAAUAGAAAACAUAGCGUCCCUCACCAACGGCUCAACAGAGGACAGCUACCACUCACUUCACCAGCAAAUGUCGAUGGGGGACGUGGUCGUUUAGAACCUGUGUGCGGCUCUCAGGGAUGGUCACAAUCUUGUACCCCGUAAUAUUAUAGGUACCCAGUUAGAAAUACUUACAGUAUAACUUCUCUUUAAUUUCCUCCCAAAUGCCAGAUUGUUGCUCCGUAGGUCAUACUGUACCCCUGUAGUAUUACCAUAAUAAUAGAAUAAUAAUAGUACCUGUUAGUUUAAACAAAAAUAGUAAAAAUAUAGUUUAAAAAAAUACUUUUUAUGUUCCCAUAUUGUUACCCCCUUAUUCCUUUACUUCACAUCUUGUUCCCCUGUAUGUCUGUAGCUGUACGUACUGUACUGGUACAUUGUUAGUACAAAAAAUGACAAUGUAAAUUGGGAUGAAUUACGCUGUAUGUUGCGGGUCGUAAUCUAAAGCGUUACCAAAUAUUGAUUAUAGCCACUUUAAAGGUGAUGACAUAUUAAAAAAAUGCUAGA